CUGCGGACAUAGUACAGGAGAUGACCAGAGGAUAUAGACAUAAUCCCAUAGAUGAUCAGAGACUGCGGACAUAGUACAAGAGAUGACCAGAGACUGUGGACAUAGUACAGGAGAUGACCAGAGACUGCAGACCUUUGGGGAUCCUGAUUUGACAGGUACUCGCUCCCACUUCAAUGGAGUUGUCCUCCCCGUAGUCUUGUGGGACACGGGACAGGUCCCAGAAGACUACAGCUGGGUGCCCACACUGAAGAUGCCGGUGUCGGGGAGAGAAGACGACCGGUGAAAGCAGGACACCGCUGGACCAAGGAACAGGUAGAACCAAAGAGCAGGUUCUUCUGCACAGUAGAGCCGAGCAGGCGGC